AUGAUUGGGGCCACCCUUUCCGAGAAAUACACUCAUUUGCAAAUCAAUUUGGUUUUCACGACAGACUCAAAUGAAUCUCUCGUUUAUGAUAUUCUAGAUAUGAAUAUGCUGCACACAGGCCACCUCACAAUUCAGUUGGCACGAUAUUCGAGAUAUCGCAGUAUAUUUUCAGUAUAUUUUCGAAAUGUUUUCAGCAACCUUCGGCUGUUGAAAUGCAUCAAAGUUUGUGACUGGCUCACUAGGUGUGCUAGUACACAAAGACCUAGGUGUCAGUUACAGUAUUCACAUGUUAACAAUUUUCGUGAAGCUGGAGUAAGAGUUUUAUUGAAAGGUUGGUCAACAUACCCACGACGAUAUUCUUUCAAGAAUUCACCGGUUGAAAGGCCCCAUUCGACUGCAUACUGUGGAACAGUUUCGCGUCCAGGAGAAACCCAAUUUUCGGGAAAUCUGAAGAGAAAUUUCAGAUCGAUAAAUUGCAAAUUUGUGAUUGGUUGUCAUUUCCCCUAA